CAUAGGCAUGGAAGGAAGCAUAACACAAGAAAACAAUAUUUUCCCUCUCUGAAGAUUAACGAAGUGGUUAUUAGUUAAUGGCGAUUUCUUACGUCCAGCCUCUGCUUCUCCUCGUAUCACUCUUCUUCUUGCCUGCAUUACAUGCCGUUAAUUUCGAAUACUGCAAUAAAAGUGGAUACGAUUUCGGUAACGUCACUCAUGUUAAUAUCUCUCCGAACCCGGUUGGGCCUGAUGUUGGAGAGCUAAGCAUUACGGUUAUCGGUCAUGCAAAAGAAAGCAUCCAUGCUGGAUCUAUAGAGGUUUAUGCUAAAUCUGAGAAUAUUACUGAUCUUCUAAGAAAGCAGCCAUGCACUAUUGAAUCUGGCACCAAAUUUGUUUUACCUCUUUCCGAAGUUCCUAUGGAUAUACUCGAGGGUGACUACAAGUAUGUGGUAUCUUUGCUUGAUGAAAAAGUCGGAGACUCUAAAGAGGCAAAAGUAAGAAUGUGUGUCGACUUCGAUUUACCAACUUCAUCUUCCACAUUGUCAUCUGCUUAGUCAAGUUGGUUGGGUGGAAGAUAUGUUUUCAAGUCUUUAUGUACUCGUGUCUAUCUCUCCUACUUGCAUUUUUCUGUUUUUCUCUGUUGUAACUUGGUUUGGUUUCUAUUAACCGUGAUGUCACUGACUUUCCAUUUUGGAAACAGAAAUAAAUGUGACAACUUGUUGUAACCUGAACCUGAAAAAUCAUAACAAAUGAAAAUAAUGUUAUAAAUUUGAUGAUAUAUCUAAAAAUGAUCGUUAUAAAAAUACAUUGACAGUAUUUUUUGGUUAGUACCA